GGCAUGUUGUCAUGUAUACCAAGACGUUCGCUGUUAGUGUUUUGGGAAUUUCAGUGGUGCCAAAAUCAAAGUGCUAAUCUUAUUUGAAAGCAAAUUUCUGUGAAAUCUCAGACUGUUUCAAGAAUGUCUCCAAGUAUAGGAGUUCUCUCGGUCUAACAUCUCUUAGUUUGUAUGACCUAUCAAGCUUCAGUUUAGCACGAAAAUGUUCACUCUCAUCCAUCAGCAGAAGGCUAUGUAGAGAGCCCGUCUUCCUAGUUUUUGAAGAAGAAGAAAGCCUGACAAUGAUGUGCCGCAAGAAAGCAUGUGGUAUGUCUGACAUAAAACUGGAAGCGCAGCAUACUAUCUGAUGCAGUUAUGCUUACAUGCCAUGGGGGCCGUUUCAUUUAGUGACACCGCAUGUCCAAGCCUUUGAUCCUUCUCAGUGUGUAGCAUGACUGAGUCGGUAUAUAUAUCUACAAAGUGUCCAAAGGGGAAUUCGAGUACUCAAACUCGUGGAGCCGAGUUCUCUCACGUCAUCUGAUAUAACUUCGAAUGAUCAAGUUUGCCAUAGCGACCCAUAGGAUUCUUUUCAUAUAUACAACCAGGCUGAAAUUUUUUUGAGAAUAUAAUGUACAGACGCAGGCUUCAAUUUGUGAGGCAAUUCAUUCCUGACAAGAAGACCCUUACGAUAUCGAGGCCUUUAUUCAAUUCCAAAUCCAAAAAUGCAUCGUCUAACGAGGCAGAGCCCACAAAAUAUGCGCUGGACAAUCGGCGAACAAUUCUGUUGCUUGAUUUCCUCCUACAUCUUGGCCCCAUCGCUAUUACCGGCGUACUUGUUUAUUUGAAUGUUAAAUCUGUGUACUGGAGUGACGUGGAUAAUGGAAAAUCGCAAAACAACUUUCUGAAUGCGUUGCAGUUUGGAGCCAAAAUCCAUGAAAUAUGGAUCAUUAUAUCUAUUACAGCAAUAAUAUCGCAUUUUAUAGUGUUGUUCCUAGCUCGUGGGAGUGGUCUCCCUUUUGGGCUCCUCGGCGCCGGAUUUCAAAUAGGGGAUUUUGGUUUCUUCUUCCACCGAGCUUUUUGGUCGGCUAUGCGUCGUGUUUACCAUAAAAGGAGUCUCAGUAUCAUUGCAUUCGCAAUAUUUUUGAUUAUGUCUUUCGUUCUGGCUUCCCUUGUAGGACCAUCAUCUGCAAUUGCGAUGCGGCCUGAUUUAGAUUCAUGGCUAAUGCCAUAUGGACCUUACGAAAUCCAUUUCCCAACAAACAAGAGCGAAAUUUGGCCAGAAACUCUUGAUGCAUCAACUUUAGAUAUCUGUUCCAAAUUUUCAUCCGCCACUACGGAAUCAACAUGUCCUUCGGGUGGAUUUUCGGAGUUGAAGAGGUGGUCGUCUUGGGGCCGCCACUCGGGACCGCAAAUGAUGUCUGGGAACUUGGUCAAUAUAAGCUUUUAUGAGCCUUAUUCGAAUACCAACCGACAACUUGCUUCGUCGGCUCUACAAGACUGGAGCCAUUCAUAUACUUCGUCUGUAUCGCUGUUUCCCUAUAUAGCUUUACAAGGCUUAUGGAACACAAUCGCAACCCUCAAUUUACCUGGACAUUCCGUAGCACAGCCUAAGCUUUCAUCUCAAGCUGCAACAACUAUCCUCCAACCCUUUGUCCAAGUUAAAUGCAAUAUCUUUGAGUCUAACGGCAUUGGGACAGGUGAUUGGAGGCCCGGAAGCGACAUUACAUUUCCGUUGAUUUCUAGUCUCACCGGUCAUGAUUCGGCUAUGCAUGGCGAUGUCAAUACCAUCACAAUAUCUGGACUUGACCUCGAUAAUUUCGAAGAAGAUAACAAUAUCCAUAUGAGCUGGGUCAACUUGCACGACUUUAAUAAUUCAGCAUCUAUAGGUGCCGUUCUGAAACUUCCAAACAACGAAAAUAGCACAGGGCACAAUCAUAUCGUCCCCUGUGCUGUUGAUGCCAGAUGGAUCUCUACCGAAUUGAGUAUUGAGCCCGCAACAAGCCAAAGUGUCUUUGGUAAUUUCGGGAGCUUAGGAGCUUUCUCUGAUUUGGGAGCUUUGAUUUCAGAUGCCGAUGGAAGUCGAUCUUUAGGCUUGGCUUCUGUCGUGAGUGAAAUGAUCAAAAUUGACCUUGAAUGGGCGCAAUUGAUGAAUCUUGUGACUCCCAUCGAUCACGUAUAUUCUUCAAGCGCAGAUACUUCUACCAACAGUACAAAACCCAUGCCAAAUGCAACCAGCAUCGAUGUUCUACUAGAGCAGAGAUUACUUCACAAUGAGGGGGCUUUUAACCCUAGCAUAUCAACAACGUUUGCCGCUCCAGACCUAGUUAAUGCCUCAACCCCCGAAAAUAUGAUUCAAGCCUUUAUAUCAAUAUUCCUGGGGAUUCUCAUAACAGACGCUCUCGCCCGUCAUACACAAGCUAAUGUAAUGUUCUUGUCUGUUAGUUCCGAACCAGACAAAAACAUAUGCACACAAAUGGUUUACAUAUUUGAGUACACCCCAUUCAAGCUUUCCUGUGACAGCCCUCGUACCAGCUCGUGGAAGUUCGACUUUUGGAGACGAGGUUAUAGCUACGGUAUCAAAAGCUCCAUGACUAGAUUGGCACUAGCUGCUCUCCUCACACAUACUCUUAUGGCGCUUGUUUUCAUCGUGUAUCUAUGUUUUGCAGGCUGGACGACGAAAUCGUGGGGCUCAAUUGGGGAGUUGGUUGCGCUGGCGCUGAUUUCUAGGAGGACAAAAGCAUUUCGCGGAACAGAUGCUGGGAUUAGUCGUGCGGAGACUUGGGCGCAGAAUGUACGGAUUGUAGAAGCGGGAGAUGGGGGAUUGGAAAUGAGAUUUGGGGAGGAUGGGAAGGGAGGGGGAAUUGAGAUGGGAAAGAGAGUGCAGGUGGGCAAGAAAUAUGGAUAUCAAAAAGUGGCCGUGAAGAAUGUUAAAAGAAGCAAAACAUCUUCGUCCAUGCCUUGACAUUAGACCCGGAUUUCACCUUUGAAGGGCGAGCUGGUAGAGGAUAGAUUUGAGAAGAGAUAGUUCCCCGAGAGUCUUCACCCUUUCAGUCAUAUUAUCCGUAAAUGAUGGAGGCUGUAGCAUAAUCUGACUUGAGAGGUUGUGGAGAGCUUUGAAGCAUUUUCCAAACAACAUGAUGAUUGCUAAGUUCUAGGUUAAGCGUUGUUUGCUUACGAGGUCACGUUCAUCUGUAGGCCAGCAAAUAGACUGGUGUGUGACGGAACAUGCAAGCGGUGUUUAGGGUGUGGGUUAUCCGGCUUUAAUGCAGAGUGCUAUCCUAAAAAUGAAUGAAAAGUUUGGUGUUGGAAAUAGAUAUGAAGUACGGUUUACAUAUUUGGAGAUGCUUUGAAACUAUUGUAAACAUCAAUUAUCCUUUUUUAACUGCCCUGAAACUUAGCAUUUCAUCAUUAGGCAAUGUAGAACAAGUCAAUGCCAUGCAGCAGAGCAAAUUCUUCCUCUUGCUAUGAGAUAUCAACCAGAGGAUAUAGUUUUGAUGGCAAUUGAUAGUAACUAAUAUCAUCGAGGUCUCGUAGUUUUAUGAAUAUUAAAUAUAUGA